GUUAUGUACAAAUUGAAGAAGCGUGUGGGAUAACUUUCCCUCCACCCAGGCCCAUCCAACCUUCCCCCACUAUAAAUAUGACCUUUCCGACCAUGCCUUUCCAUCAAAAUAUUCGUCCCCAUUCCAUUGCCUUAUUCCGCUCCGUGGGUCGUGACCUUAACUAUUCGGUCGAUCUUGGGCGAGGACGAGGAACUGGAGCUAGGGUUUCUAUCGCCCUCCGAUUUAUUUCUCCCAGAGCUGCUCCAACUGAUACAAUGAUGCAAGGGAAGUCUCUUUUAAAUCCAUACGCCACUCCCUAUGUGCCUCUCUCAAACGUUAUUCCUGGAGUAAGUUUUGAAAGAGACAAUAAGGCCACCAAGAAGAUAUUGGGUGAUGCUGAAAACAAUGAAGUCAUUGAGAACUCUGCAGACUACCAGCUACUAGACUCUGUUUCGGUGGAUUAUGACGUCCAGGGUUUAGAGAAACGUAACGCUUCCGAUGAGUCAUCCCGAAAGAUUGGUGACCCGUGGAAUUCUGAUUACACUUUCCAAGAUGCAAUUCCUUCAAGUGAGAAGCAAAGUGCAGUGGAUGAUCCCAAUAUGGUGAUGGACUGGCUCUCAUCCAUGUUUCCCAAUAUUUCUAUGGAGUCGCUUGCUGAAUUGUUGAAUGCAAAUCAUGGUGAUCUGAAUCAGACAAUCGACGUGCUGGAGCAGCUUGAGUAUGAAGGUGAUGAGAUGGAGAACUCUGCAGAAGCUUCUGCGACCAGCAACAGGUUGGGUGAUCCUCCCGAGAGAGCUAACGCGAGCGGAAUAAGCAGUUCAAUUUGAUCCUGCCCAAAGGGGUCAAAAGUUUGACCAUCUAUGGUGCACUCCGUAAAGGUUAUGCUGUAAGUUCUGUUGAGAGUAGCAUAGGAUAUUAGAUCUCUUUUUCUUUGUUGCUUAUCUGAGGGUUUUCACCUCAUAUAUACUUGCUGCAAGCUUGUAAUCUGUUUCUGAAUUUGUUAGUGGUUGUACAAUUCUUUUCUGGGUUUUCUCAUGGGUCUUUGUUGAUCUUGUAGAUUAAACUCUUCAUCAAUGGUCAUCAGCCUCUCCUACUCUUUUUCCACCUUCUCU